UCACUUGCGCGGGACAGUUAAAUCCGCCCUUACCGACGAAUCGUAUGCUCCUCGGCGAUCGCACACCGAACGCUCCGCACAGUACUUCCGCGAUGUCCACCUCGGCAGGAGCACCGAAGCAGCAGCAGCAGCACCAGCUGCCCAGCUACCUCACGGAAUCGCUGAUCCAGCGCUCCCUCGAGCACGAUCUGCAGCGCCCGGUAACGAUCGAUCGGUUCACGGCGGGUCCUGCAACAGCCGCCGGCGAUAACUACCUGAGCGAUGUGUUCUGGAUCCGGGUCGAGUACGAUGGCGGAGCGUCCGAGAAGCGCCUGCUAGCGAAGUGCAUGCCGGACAUCGGUGACCGCGGCGCCACGCUCGACGUGCUGGACGCAUUCCGCAAGGAGUCGGAAACGUUCCAACACCUGCUGCCCGAGUUCACCCGCCUGGUCGGUGGGGGGGAACAGUUUGGGGCGAAGUGUUACUACGCCACCACCGAACCGGUGCGCACGAUCGUGUUCGAGGAUCUGAAAGCGCUCGGCUUUCGCAUGUGCGACCGGACGAAGGGUGGCCUGGACUACGACCACAUGACGCUGGUGAUGCGUAAGAUUGCCCGCUUCCAUGCCGCCUCGAUGCUGUAUGCGAAACAGAGCGCAGAGCAUCAGCGCCGUCUCGCCAGCCGGUACGCGUACGGGUUGCACAAUCCGCAGGAGCAGCCGGAAGAUUCGCGCAUACUGCAGGCGCUACAGAAGGGGCUGGAGAAGUUCAUUUCCGUCGCGGGCGGAUGGCCCGAGCUGGAGGGGGGUGUGUUGCGCCAGCUGGAAGGAUUGCUGCCCAUGUUUAAGGAGCGCAUUGCUGGGUGUGUGAAGCCACGGCAACCGGGCGCCCGUUACGAGGUGCUGAACCAUGGCGAUCUGUGGAGCAACAACAUGAUGUUCCGGUACGGGCCGGACGAUAAGACGGUGGAGGAAAUCAUCUUCGUGGACUACCAAAUCUCCAACUAUGGCAGUCCCGGGCUGGACCUCGUCUACACGCUGUACAACUGUCCGCACCGGGACGUGCGUAUUGCGAGGCGUGCGGAGCUGCUGCAAGAGUACCAUCGCGUGUUGGCUGACGCAUUGCGCAAGAAUGGGUACGACAGCGUACCGACGAUGGACGAUGUGAGGGAGGAGUUUACUCGCAAUGAGUUUUUCGGACUCGUCUGUGCGAUCACCUUUCUGCCGAUCAUGACGAUGGAACGGACGAAGGAUCUGGACCUUAGUUUCGACGCGUUCUUCAAGGAGGGCCACGGGGAGAUCCUGCGGGACAGGCAGUACAAUGGGGCGGUGUUCCGGCAAGCCGUCGUGCCGAUCCUACACGAUCUGCACGCACGUGGCUAUGUUCGGUAGGAAGGGAAGCGGAAGUUUACGCUGCACGUUCAAAAUAAAGUACAAUAACUAAAGUUAGUGGGUAGUGUAGGAAAAUGUAGAUAAGCCAUAGCUAGGCGAAGGAAACAAAGUAGAACAAUAUUACCUUUGUUCAAAUGGAACGAAAUUAUGAUCGUGCUUCUUUAGUCUUUACUAUCUGGAUAACACAUCUUAUUUAUCAUCCAAACCAAAACCUAGUUCGGUUGCAACUAGGUUUAUCAAUUGUUUACCUUUUUUGUAGCAUGUUUGCCAAAAUGCUAUGUUUUAUCAUGCACGCGUGUCAUAAAUAUGCUGCCAAAGCGCGCGGCGCGUGCCGGUCCGUAUGUCACUGUAAAUUGUGUAACGAUAACGUUGGGUUGGAUUAGUGUUGUUUUGCUAGAAAUGGCCAGAAAUAGCCAUAAAAAACACAAAUAAGCAAUUUA